CGACGUGGAGAGGAGGCGAGCGCAGGCACCCGUGUGCAGCAUUGAGGGGCGACCGAGGCCCCCCUUUGUGCCUGCUGCGCCUCAAAUCGAUGGGUCGAAUGACAGACUUCGUCGCGUCCCGUCCGUCCUGAGGUACUUGAAGGCAGAGAGAAGGCGAGUUCGCCAUCGGUGGCGCCCUCAUUGCUGUGUGUGUGUUUGUGUGUCAGGGAGGGCCGUGAGCAUCGGUCAAUUAGCCUCCUCAGAGCGAGAGGGCCUCGAUUGGAGUUCUCAUCGGAGCAGACAGAGGCCAAGCCGCUGCAUCAGAUCUACAUCUAGCCAUGGAGGGCGAUAGACAGGUGAGACGCAUCAGACCACUGGUUGCAAUGGAUGGCGCAUUUCACCACCCGGGGGUCGGCUGUGUUUGUGCGAUGGGUGUAUGUUUGCAGGUCAAGAGGACUCGUCGUGGUGAUGAUGCACCGGCUGCUGCUGCGACUUCGUCUGCAUCUUCAUCGGCCGCUGCUGCAUCUGGUGGUGGUGGUGGCAGUGAGAGUGGCGGGGAGCGGCAGCGGCGGGCUGAGAGGGAAAGAGCCUUGUGUGAGAAGAUCAGCGGCACGGUGAGCCAGCCACACACACUAAGGCGAUUCCGGCUGUAUCUGUGAAUGGCUGCGUGUGUUUCAGGAGGGGCUUCUUAGCUACAUGAUGGCCUUGCUGCCCAUCCACCUGAUGGUGCAGCUGGCCAAGUCCAUCUGGCAGCACGCCGCACCCCACCUCUCGGACGUCACCAUCAGCUCGGCAACCAAGGAGGAGCGGUCCUUUUGGCAGCACGUCCAUCUCGCCUUCGUCACCCAGCUGGCCGCCCGACUCAGGCGCCUCACAACCAUCACACUCCGAUACCCCAUCGGCGCUGCUGACUGGUGUUUCGACGUCUUUGUGGCCAUCAUCGAGGGCCACAUCGCUGGCCGACGGGCAGCCAAUCUGGGCCGCGGGACUCUGCAGACCAUCACCAUGCAAGGUGUUCGGCUGACCCGCCCCUCUCGAGACCAUCGAGGGUCUGCACCGCGACCAUCGGCAGUUGGCCAGCCGACGCUGGCUGAUCCCCUCCCUCACCACCGCGCAGCAACGGGGUUGGGACGCCGGCAGCCUGGGCCAGUUCAUCAGCUCCUCCCGCUCCCUGCGGCGUGUGGACGGCAGCUUUGGGGGUGAGGACUGGGCGGGUGUGUUUGAGGGCAUCCCUGCGGCACCUGCUGGGCAGCAGGGGGGGCCACUCGCCCAGCUGGAGAGCAUCGGCACCAUCGAGAUCGAUGACAAUGAGGCGGCGGGCAUAGAUCGGCUUCAGGUGACAACAACGCACAGGACAGCAGGGUCUUGGGGCUGGUUCAUGAUCACUCAUAUUGGUGUGUUGGUGCCUUCAGGAAGUGCUCGUUGCGCGUGGCUGCCGACGGUCACUCACACAGCUGCAUGUCGACUUUGCUGCGCAUUUGCGCAUUGGUGACAUUAACGUCAUCGGCCGCCGCACCCUGCCCGUCCUGCUGGCCCUAGACCGGCUGCUCACCACCUGCUGCCGACCAGACGCCCCUCUCACGCUCACCACCACCAGCUGUCUCGAAUUCGACCUCUCCAUCUUCUACCACAACGCCUUCCCCACCCACCCCUCACCCUCAUUCAAGACCAUGACGCAGCAGCUGGCCCGGCAGGCCACAUCGGUGGAGUACCUCUUCACCCAGGACGGCCUCACCGACCCACACACCGACCCGAGCCAAUCGGCCAUCGACAUUGCGUCGACACUCUCAUUCGACGAGGCCACGGAUGUGAGGGUCGAGAAUGCCCGUGGCUUCCACCCCCCGGCCAACAUUCCCUCGCCCCACCCCACCAUCAUCACCCACCUCAAGCCAUUCCCGAAAGCCUCACGGCUGCAUGUCUGGAGCGACUUUGGUGGUGCUGCGGGCCAGCUGAUGGCCGCCAAGAUGCCCGAGGAGGUGCGGGUGGUGAGCGUGUUGGGUGGUGUCGAGAGGGUGGGCGUGUUGACGGCGCUGGGGAGGGAGAGGGAGGUGAGUGAGGUGGAGAUGGGGAAGGUCGACGUCGACCAAUUAGACCAACUGCUGCUGGGGGCGGCCGAUAGCUUGCCUACCAUCUCGGGACUACAUUUCGCCAUGACACGUACGCCGAGAGAGGAUGGAAGCAUGUCGUUAUGCCCUCAUUUCUGCCUCGUGUGUGUUCCCUCCCCUUCAGUGCCCGCUGAUGUGAAUGAAGCGGGCAGCUUUGUCCGCGCCCGCCUCUCGUCGGUCAUCCCGCACAUCAGGGGCCUUCAGGGCGUCACACUGCGUGUCCAAAAGACGACAGCUGAGCAGCAUGAUUCCAUCCUCGCUUCCCUCCCUGUGGGCGCCAACGUCGGGGGCUUCAGCGUCCGAAGCACCUUCGGGUCGGCAGGCGUAUGGACGAGAAUUGCUGCAGUUCGGACGCCUGAGGCAGACGGGCUGGUUGUCUGACCUCUGUGCGUGUUGGUGGUGGUGUCUGUCAGGCCGCCCAUUGUGUGUGGUGGAUUAUUCGUAGCAGACGGGCAGUGGGGCCAUUCUUAGCCGACGACACUUAUGUGCUGCAUGGCAUAGCUGCGGGCCGUGUGUGUGUAUGACUGACUGGGUAGUGUACAGAUUGACGGACGGACGGACGGGGGCUGGCUGAUGCGGGCGUGAGACUUAGCACAUCACACAUACACACACUACUGUCGCGUGUGGUGGUGCUGCAUCGACUGACUGACUGACUCACUCACUCACUUGUCUGUCUGUCUGUCUGCCUGGCUGCCUCCUGGCCUGCCUGUUUGUAUCGAUCGCUCCUUGCUGCUGUCUGGCCUCUUCCUCUCCUCCCUUCCUCAGUUCAGUGGCCGGGAGGAGUGGAUGGACAGCAGCAGCACAGGGGAGAUGGGCAAGCGCGGCAAGGCAAGGCACACACACGGUGGGUAGGCAGAUUCAAGUGUCAGGGCUGAAAGAGGAUAGACAGCAGACGGGAGGGGCCCACACAAGGCGACGUGUCUGCCGAUACCCUUGGUGAGUCCAGACAGACAGACAGACAGGGUGGACGUCUUCGAUGGCUGGGCGUGUUGCCUUUCAUUAUUCGUCUGAUGGACGGCUGUGUGGGAUGUGUGUGUGCGCGAUGAGAGAACACCCACAUAUGGGAGCCACAAUUGACAGCACAGCUCAUUCAAUGCAGUCCACUCACACUCCACUCACACUCACACGAGCCUCCAUUCACGCUGAGAGCCGAGGUGCUGCAUAUCCGGCUGUGUGUCUUCACAGAGCCACUCACCCACCCACCCACCCACCCAUCCAUCUACACGCUGCCCCGACGCCAUUGCACUGCACAUGCGGAUGUGUUUGUGUGUGCGUGUGGGUCAGCCGUGGAGCCGACAUGCGCACAGCACACACCAAAAAACGAUCAACGCAAUCGGCGGACGUACGGACGGACGGACGGACGGUGUGUGUUUGUGUGAGUGUAAAGACAUGGAAGACGCUGAUAUAAACACACACCACAUUCAACAUACCUGCGUAUCGGUCUUUGCGCUCUAUGCCCGCCGCCGUAGCACCCGCCCGCCACUCAGCCACCAAUCAUGACACCACUGCCCAGCCCAGCCUGACACACACAUCGAGUGACUCCAGGGCAGGCAGACACAUAGGGAAGUGUGUGUGUUUCAAAUUAAGUGGAGUCUGUUUAGAAAACAACGGCGGCGAUAUUUUGCUG